UUUUUGGAUGUUCUUGGAAGAAACAGAUAAUGGCCACAAUGAUUUGGACCAGAAGACUGUGCUGGGUUCUCUUCUGCUUUAUAGGAUAUUUGGCAUUGGUCACCUAUAGGAUGAUAAGAAUGAAAUCUACGGAUUUGUAUCAUCCUCCCCCAUUAAGGACAUUUCUGAAUCCUGUCACAAAUCCUCAUACAACUGUGAAUGAUGAGCUCAUGAAAUUACUAGACUGGCCAGAACCCCCUACUACUGUUUCCAAUAUCAGCCUCUCCACCCACCCCAAAAAGAGCACUUUCCACCUGCUAGACAAUCAGACCACGUUCAAGGUUGGAGAAACGUUAAGGGUCCUUAUCACGGCUAAGGAUCACAACGGCUACCCAAAAACCUAUGGAGGUGACUUUUUCGAAGCAAAGUUGCACUCCCCGAAGUAUAAAGCUGGGGUAACUGGAAAUGUGAAGGACUUUGGCAAUGGAAGCUACUUGGCCGCUUUCCUACUCCCAUGGCCUGGAGAAGUUGCUGUGAAUAUCAAGCUAAUUGUGUCCAGUGAAGCUGUGGCCGUCCUUAAGGACAAGAGAGAGAAUCACCCAGAAAAGGUAACAAUGGGUCAACCAUGGAAAGGAAUUGAUAUGUCUUUUGAACCUGUGUCAUGUCUUUUGCUUCUUAUUAGAUUAAAGUGUGAUGGAUGUACAAAUCAGUGUCUACCCUCUGGCACUCAAGUGCCACCCCGUACGGAAAAAUAUGAACUCUUUAAUUUAGUGGGUUGGGUCCAUUUUAAAGGGUUUUUCCAACUGAAUGGCGUUACUGAGGUCACCGAAUGUAAUGUUGAGCUGGGGAGGAGCGACGUCUGUACCUAUAGCCACCCUAUCAGUGGUGACACGUGGCAGUGCGUGAGGCCACAAAAGCUGCCUUGUGACGCUUGGGUUUCUCAUUCUACGGGCGGCUUUCGUAAUGUGACCAGUUUAGUGGAGAGUUACUUACUGAGUGGGGGAAGCAGAAGCGCAGCAGGGUCAUGUGACGUACGUAACGUGACUCGGUUGGAUUCCUGCGUCUCCCUGGCGGUAGAAGAAACGGUAGACGCGCACGAGCAACAAGUACCCUCCGCAUUGACCGCUAUUUUUGCUUACUUUGACCUUCUUCUUUUUCUCAUAGAACUCAUCUCAAAGCUGCCAGUCUGUAGACCAGGUCAAGAGCCCCCACAGACUUCUGGAUAUUAUUAUAAUGAUAACUGGGCAUCCUUGACAUGUCAGGGGCAACACUUCCCUCACCCAUCAAAUGCCAGUGACUGCCUACGGGGAAAGAAUAUCUACAUGUUUGGAGAUUCCACUCUGCGUCAGUGGUUUGAAUAUCUAGAGAGAUUCAUCCCAAGCCUCAAGAGGAUUGAUCUGCACGUUAAUUAUCUGCCUGGACCAUUGCUUGCGGUAGACCCUGAAUUUGGACUCUUACUGACUUUUAGAUCUCACGGACUACCUUAUAGGACCACACGGACUAUGGCCUCUGAUUUCCACUAUGAGUCUGUAGACAUAGCGGGCAUUAGUGGAGGACCUCAUACAGUUGUAGUGAUAACAGUCUGGGCCCAUUUCACCAGCUUCCCAAUACGGUUUUACAUACGAAGGUUAGCCCAGGUAAGGAAGGCAGUUGUAUCCCUGCUCUCCAGCAGCCCACAGACUACCGUUAUUAUUAAAACGGCUAAUACAGGCGAAACAUCUGUAUACACCAGUGAUUGGCUGGCUUUUCAACUGGACAUCUUAAUGAGGGCAGCAUUUAAAGGUCUGCCCAUCGCCAUGAUUGACGCAUGGGAUAUGACGUCAUGUCAUUAUUCUUUCAAAAACAUCCACCCGGGUCAGCAAGUCAUAAGGAAUGAAGUUGAUCUUAUGUUAUCUUAUAUCUGCCCCCGUUGA